GAAAAGAGGGAUCCCUCUCCCCGGCGACACUGUUGAGGAGCUCCUGAAGUCUGUCAGCUAUGACACACCGCUGACACUUCCCCAAUUUCUAGAGAAAUUUAAUUACUACAUGCCCGCUAUUGCGGGUGACCGUGAGGCAGUGAGGAGAAUCGCCUACGAGUUUGUGGAGACGAAGGUAAAGGAAGGAAUCGCCUAUGUGGAGGUCCGGUACAGCCCUCACCUCCUGGCCAACUCUGGCGUGGAUCCCAUCCCCUGGGGACAAGCUGAGGGACACCUCACUCCAGAUGAAGUCGUUCAGCUCGUAAAUCAGGGACUACAGGAUGGAGAAAGGGAUUUCCACAUCAAAGCCAGGUCUAUUCUAUGCUGCAUGCACCAUAUGCCAA